AUGGGAUGUGGCACAUCCAUUUCACUGUCGGUGCUUUUUCCGAUUACGUACGUUGGCCUAUUGCAUAUUGUCGACCACAAUGGUAAAAACCGCAACGAUUUGCAGUCGAUACGUAGGCGAUUCAUAGCUGCUGGUCUUAACAACAUACUUUUAAUUGCUGUCACGUAUGUUGUAUUAUCCCAGGCUCCACUAACAGAAGAAAUUGCUUUCCGAUGUUGCUGUGCUUCACUUCUUUCCGACUGUCUGUCGCCAGCACUGACGAUUAUCGUCAGUCCCUUGUUCUUUGCCUUAAGUCAUUUUCAUCAUGUGGUUGAUGAUACACGGCAAGGAGUUACGCUCUCGCUUUCAAUCUUUACAAGAGCGUUCCAAUUCACCUACACUUACCUAUUUGGUGCGUUUGCUACUUACUUGUUUUUGUCUACCGGUCAUGCCUUGGCACCAAUCGUGACUCAUGCAAUGUGCAAUUCUUUAGGAUUACCAUUGUUCAAAGAAAUCGGUAUUCACUUUCAACGAUGCUUAACGAAAGCUUUUUUUAUAACUUUAAUGUUUCAUAAUUACCUAAACCGUUCGCGAUUGAAGGGAUUGAUUCCAAAUCAAACUUUGAAAGAAUAA